CUGCUGCUCUCAUUCCCAGAUCCCACACGGCUCACGGAGCAGACGUGGCCUGGUCUUCCUGGCUCUUUUACCUUCACGGGCUCUUGAUGGGGACUUUUCUUCGGAGGAUGCUGACCCUGACCUUUUGAAGGAGGAUGACGCCGCUGGGGAGGAAGGUGCAGCAGGCGCUGCUGCUCUUGGUCCUGCUGAGGUCCUGCACUGCUCAGACUCAAGAAGUGGUGGUGUGUACCGGCACCCAGAAUGAUUUGAGCAUGACGGGAAAUUCUGAGAUCCAGUACAACUUGAUGAGGGAGCGGUACAGGGGCUGUGAGAUCGUCAUGGGGAACCUGGAGAUCACCAUGAUGGAGCACACCAGAGACUUCUCCUUCCUGCAGUCAAUCAGGGAGGUGACAGGCUACAUCCUGUUUGCCAUCAACGAGUUCAGCCGCCUGCCGCUGGACCACCUGCGCGUCAUUCGUGGCACCACCCUGUACGAGGACCAGUACGCCUUGGCUGUGAUGGUCAACUACCAAAAGGACGGCCAGCACGGCCUGCAGGAACUGGGCCUGACGCACCUGACAGAGAUACUGGAGGGAGGGGUGAAGAUCUUCCAGAAUAAGUACCUGAGCUACGCCCCACGGGUCACCUGGCUGGACAUCGUGAAGGACAGCACGGCGCCCAUCGUCAUCGACGACAACGGACCUGACAAGCCUUGCAGUGCAGCAUGUGAAGACGUACCGUGUUGGGGUCCAGGAAACGACACAUGUCAGAUCUUGACAAAGACAAUCUGCGCCCCUCAGUGCAACGGUCGCUGCUUUGGCAGAAACCCCAGCGAGUGUUGCCACAACGAGUGUGCUGGGGGCUGCACGGGACCCUUGGAUACCAACUGCUUUGCUUGCAGGAACUUCAACAACUCGGGUUCCUGCGUUCCUCAGUGUCCCCAGACGGUCAUCUACAACAAGCACACCUUCAAACUGGAGCCCAACCCCAACGCCAAGUAUCAAUAUGGCUCCAUCUGUGUCGCCCAGUGUCCCACAAACUUUGUGGUGGAUGGCAGCUCCUGUGUGAGCAACUGUCCCUCGGGUAAAAUGGAGGUGGAGAAAAACGGUGUGAAAAGAUGCGAACUCUGUGGAGGUCUCUGCCCCAAAGUGUGCCGCGGGACGGGGACUCAGAACCGGCAGACUGUGGAUGCUCUCAACAUUGACAGUUUUGUCAACUGCACAAAGAUCCAAGGCAGUCUUCACUUCCUGGUGACCGGAAUCCAUGGUGACGAUUACAAAAGCGUGCCGGCCCUCAAUCCGGAGAAACUGAAAAUCUUCAACACGGUGCAGGAGAUCACAGACAUCCUCAGCAUCCAGUCGUGGCCUGAAAACAUGACGGACCUCUCUGUCUUCUCCAACCUGCAAACCAUCCAAGGCCGAUCACUCUACAGAGGAGUGAGCUCAAGAAGGGGCUACUCCUUGUUGGUGAUGAAGAUCCCCUCUCUGACCUCGCUGGGCUUACGCUCGCUGCAAAGAAUCAACGACGGCAGCGUUUACAUCACGGGAAACAAGAACCUUUGCUACCACGACACGGUCAACUGGACGCGCAUCCUGAGCAGCAGCUCACGCCCACAGCGGCGCCAGAAGUACAUUGACAUCAAGGAGAACCGGCCAAGAACUGAGUGCGUUGAGGAGGGACACGUGUGCGACCCCCUGUGCUCCUCUGAGGGCUGCUGGGGCCCGGGGCCGGACCAGUGCCUGUCCUGCAAUAAAUACAGCAGGGGAGGAACUUGUGUGGCAGACUGCAUGUUCUUGACUGGGGAGAGGCGAGAGUUUGCUGACACUUCGGGAGAAUGCAUGCCCUGUCACUCCGAAUGUAAGGUCCAGGAGGGGAUGGAGACCUGCACAGGCCCGGGAGCCGACCAGUGUGUGGCAUGUGCCAACCUGCAGGACGGCCCCCACUGUGUGACCCUGUGUCCUGAGGGCGUGAUGGGAGGUGAAGGGGUCAUCUUUAAGUACCCAAACAAGCAAGGCCGCUGUGACCCAUGUCACGCCAACUGUACCCAAGGGUGCUUUGGUCCAGGAAUUGGGGACUGCGUAGGGUCUUCCAGAUAUAUUUCUGGGCAAGCCACCACCGGCAUCGUGCUGGGAGUUAUCGCCCUUCUGUUUGUCAGCUUCUCUGUUUUCGUGCUGAGUGUUUUGUACCGUCGCGGCCUCGCCAUUCGUCGCAAACGAGCUAUGAGGAGGUACAUGGCCAGCGGAGAGAGUAUUGAGCCACAGGACCCCGGAGAGAAAGGUCCCAAAGUCCACGCUCGGAUCCUGAAGUCCACAGAGCUGCGGAAGAUCAAGCUGUUGGGUCACGGAGUGUUUGGAAUGCUUCAUAAGGGUAUUUGGAUCCCUGAAGGCGACACGGUGAAGCUUCCAGUUGCCAUAAAAACUAUUCACGAUCGCACCGGGCGGCAGACGUUCUUCGAAGUAACUGAUCACAUGAUGGUGAUGGGAAGCUUGGACCACGUCAACGUCGUCAGGAUCCUCGGCAUCUGCCCCGGAGCCAACCUGCAGCUCGUCAGCCAGCUCACCGGCCAGGGCUCCCUGCUGGACCACGUCAGGAACAACAAGAACAAGCUCAGCCCGCAGAGGCUCCUCAACUGGUGUGUGCAGAUCGCAAAGGGUAUGUAUUACCUGGAGGAAAACAGGAUGGUCCACAGGAACCUGGCUGCCAGAAAUGUGCUGUUGAAGAAUAACUACACGGCCCAGAUCUCAGACUACGGCAUCGCAGACCUACUGUACCCUGAUGACAAAAAGUACUUUUACAAUGAGGUGAAGACGCCAAUCAAGUGGAUGGCCUUGGAGAGCAUCCUGUUCCGCAGAUACACUCACCAAAGCGAUGUUUGGAGCUACGGCGUGACAAUCUGGGAGAUGAUGUCCCAUGGAGCUGAGCCGUACUCCACCAUGCGGCCACAGGAAGUUCCAGAUCUGCUGGAAAAGGGGGAGCGACUGUCCCAGCCUCCCAUUUGCACCAUUGAUGUCUACAUGGUCAUGGUCAAGUGUUGGAUGAUUGACGAGAACGUCCGUCCCACAUUCAAGGAGCUCGCCAAUGAAUUUACCAGAAUGGCGAGGGACCCUCCUCGCUAUCUGGUGAUAAAGGAGGAUUGCAACCAACAGGACGCGCCUCCUGAUGAGUUUGCCCAGCGGAGUGCAGACCUGGACGAUCUGGAGGAUCUGGACUUUGAACUGGAGGACCGGGUGGAGGAAGUGGAAGUAGAUGGCGUUCACCCGCCCUCCCACUACCUGUCCCAGUCCAGAAGCCUCAAUGGCCUCACCCGGCUGGAUACUCACAGGGUGGUUCUGGGCUCAGCGGGCGGUGCUGGUUACCUGCCAAUGACGGCAGGGGUUGACAACCCAGGACAGGCUCCGUGGCAGUCCCGCUCUCGACUCAACUCAGCUCGCACCGUGUCUGAGAGCUCAGAGGGCUGUGGCUUUGCCGUGGACUUGGAGAUAAUUGAGGAUUUAAGUCUGGAUGGGAGCCCCAAGCGGGGACGUCACCGGGAGGACAGCGCCUACAUGUCCCAGAGGGACAGCUUGUCCGGCGGCCCGCCUGAGACGCCGUCUCCAGAGGUGGAUGAGGAGGACCAAAACGGUUAUGUGCUCCCUGGGGACAGCCCGGAGAGAGAAACCCUGCUGUGCCCAUCUCGGGUCAUUCCCAGCAGGAUUGCCAAGUCGCACUCCUCCGGCCUCUUGGACGACCUCGUGGACGAGGAAUACGAGUACAUGAACAAGCAGACGAGCGUCUCGCCCAGAAUCAACAAGCACCUGAAAGACCCCGGCAGCCACAAGAAGCGGACGUCCUCCGUAUCGUCGCAGCUGACGGCGUGCUCUGGGGAUGUGGCGCCAUCCCUCGGCACUCGUGGCAGCUCCGAUUCUGAGCAGCUGGGAUCUCAGGAGGUUCAGUACGAAUACAUGGAUAUCAGGUGUGGUGAGAAGGAUGAAGGCCCUCCAGCGCAUGACCCGCCCCCUCCUCCUCUCGCGUCGCGGAUGGCGGAAGAGGAGGAGGAGUAUGUGGAGGACAGUAACUAUCACUACACUAACAGACAGCCCAACCUGCGGCAAGCUCUUCGAGAAAACAAGGAGUUGAAGAUCCAAAACAGGGAUGAGUAUGAGGACAUGGACUGCCUGGGCGCCGUGAAGCCUGGAGACGCGGCGGUAUACCAGAACAUGCAAACAGCAAACGAGGGCGGGGCCACUCACCAGUUUGGCUACGAGCCUUGCGUCAAAGUGCGAGCCGGAGUGGAAGUCGGCGGCGACCGAUCCUUCGACAAUCCAGGCUACUGGCACAGCAGGAUGUUCCUCAAGCCCAAAGCCGUGCCGACAUGAAGAAGCGGCCUCAUCUCAGCCCUGCAUCCAAUUUUUAUGAAGGACCUCAUCAGCUCAAAUGUAGCCUGGGGCUGGGUUUCAAUUGCGUGCUGACACCUUUUGGAUGUGGCGCUCAACAGGCCCCAAAUGGUGGCUGUGCUGCAGCGUUGUUUUUAGCAAACCCACCAAAAACCACCAAAUUGUAAACAAACUGUAUUUUCAUGACGAAAAUGAAACGUUGACAACGUGGGUGGUCUACCUACAUUGGUCCCCACCCAUGGACCCACUCGUGUUCCCACAAAUCUCAGGUGGAAGAUUAUUACGUGGCUGUUGGAUGUACGUGUGGUAAAAAGCGCUGUGCUAGCAUCAGUUCACCUCAAUUUCACAAAACAAAUAGCAAUACUUAUUUGAUCUUUUCCAACUAAAACUAUCCAAUUUGCCAAUCAUGUUGACAAAUAUAUUUUAGUAGUUUUUGGUUCAGCCAUCCAAUGGUAAUGGUAAUGGAUGUUGUUAUUAUUAUUUUUUCCUUACAGGUUCAUUGGUGGAUUUAUGAAAAAACAUUGGUCAAUUUAUUCCUACUUAAUUAAUAGUAUUAUUAUUUGUAUUUUUAUUUUAUUUUUAACAAUUAUUUUUCUAAUGUUUUAUUUGUAUUUUUUAUAAUUUUACUGGAAUACAAAUACUUUUCUGACCUCAACAAAUACGGGCUGCGUUGCACUGUGCUUAUAAUAAAAGUCGGCUCCACCCUCGCUCCUUGCAGGGUUCGAGUACUUCAGACUCAGGUUUUUUUUUUCAAGCCCCAAAUUAUACAUUUUUGUCUUUUUUAACUAAAACUAUACAAUUUCCUAUUUUUAUACUUUUUUUUAACUAAAACUUUCCAAUUUACUUAUUGACAUAUAGCUAAUAUUUUUAUCCUUUUUUUUUCUAAAACUUUCUAAUUUCCAAUACUUGACAAAUUAUAUACAGAUUUGUUUGCUUUCGUCGACUAAACCUUUAUUUGGUGGGGAGUAAAUCUGGACUAAACUAUCAUAUAUAAGAAAAGACUAAAAAUGUGACAAAAACAAGAAGCUUUUCAUCCAAAAAAUAAAAUGUCUGCCAAAAACAGCAUUGCCGUGCAGCAAUGAACCAGCAAAUUCUGCAACACCUCGCAAUUUUGUCCAAUUCCCGCACGUUUUAUCCAAUCAGAUUUGUCUCCAACUAGUGUUGAAAUGCGCAGGUCUAAGCAAUGGUGUGUCCUUGCACGGGCCGCCCAAGUCAUUACCUCUUUGUUUAUAUUGACAAGUACAUAUCUUAUCACAAGUACAUAUCAUACCACAGCUGAUGCUCAACGCUUCUCCAUGAAAACGACGUGCGAUACGGGCCAGACUGGAAAUUGAAAACAUUGCUGACAAAUUGGCAAUUGGCGAGUUGAUGCUGUGUUAUUGAAAAGAAUCAAAAACAUUGACAAUUUUGCCGCAACAUUAUCCCCUCAAAAAGCCUAUGAAAUCAUGGAGGGACCGAUUUAGUGUACUUGUACGCACAUUGAAACACAGCCCAUGGAAAAGUCAUAUAGCAAAAUAGUUCUAACUUGUAUACAGGAUUUUGUGACUGGUAUUUUCAGAUAUAAUUAAGAGCACUGAGGAGAAAACACUACAAGCUAUAUCCAGUAUGUUUACAAUUUGACAUGAACAAAGUGUGUUUUUUGAGAUUUGUAUUUUUUUUUUCUUUGUACAUUUUCAAUUCAAAUAAAAAU